CGUCCACACCUGUCCGCAUUGGUAGCGCACUUGUUGCCCUUUCCCUUCUGUCACGCGUUACCUUCCAUCCCACCAUAUCAUCACUAUCAGAAUUCACUAUGGAUGACAUCAAUUCAUUUUUCGCUGAGCAAGAACAGCGCAUGAACCUUCCUGAUGAGGAUGUGGAUGAAUACGUUCGGGCACGACUGGAAGAUUUUCAUAGGAACAGAAGUCAUGUUAUCAAUCGCGUUAUCGACGCUCAAGGUCACCCGCGCAAAGUUGAUGCGCGCUCUGGACCAUUUCUCACUUUUGACAUGGAAGAGAUCACCCCAGAACAGCAGAUAUCUGACAAAGAAUUGACCAGGCAAUUGAAGCGCAAGUCAGCAGAACCCGAACAUCCAGCCCAGGGGAAGAAACCAAGGCUAUACGAGAUUCCCAACGUGACCACUUCAGGAGUAGCCGUUCAACCUUCUGUUUUCUCACGUCGUGACAAUGCUGAACAUGCCGCAAAUGCUAUAGCUUCAAAUAAAUCACGGAGCAAAGGCGCCAACCGAACUCCCCAACUUGCAGCCCACCAAAGGGGUGAUAACCCAAUCGAAACUACGUCGUCUUCUCUUGGCCCACAUACUAACUGCGCGCCGGUCGAUCCCUCGUCUACUUCGCGAAUACAGAGCCACAACGAUGAAUCAAGCUCUGAUGAACACGGGGCAGCUAAGUUGCCAGUAGUUGGAUCUGUAUCUCACAUCACGAAGCCAACGGUUCACCACGAAGGCAAUGGAGAUACCAAAGAUCAUGAUUUGCCGCCGGCGAGACCCAUACCCCACCACUCCACUGCAAGGGCCCGCAAGUCAAGAGUUACUAAGUCGGUAGCUCGUGAUGCCAUCAAUCAAAAGCCCACAAAUGGCAGCAGUCCGGAAGCGCGCAUGCCAUGUUCGGAACAUGAUGAAGGAGCAUCCACUGAGAACGAGAGGUUACAGUCCUUCGCGCCAGAACCUGGCAUACCCAGUCCACAAUCAGAGCUACUAGAACUCUCAGCCAUGAGUACCAGCAAUAUCACGAGCCCCAGAAAUUCUCCUCUUGGAGCAUCACGCCGCUCGAGUACCUCGGUUUCAUUGUCAUCAGAUACAGAAGGCAUCGCAUCAUCAACUAGAGCGACAGUAGUCAAACCUUCAAAGGUCCGGAAGACUGUAAGCAGCUCAAGGAAUAAGGCCGAUAUUUCAAAGCAAAACAAAGGCAAGAAAACCAAAGAAAAACCAGCGCUCGUCACGCCUCUCGAAUAUGCACAGAAGUUGCAAUUGAAUCUUGACUUGGCAAAGAAGCGCAAGACCGAUUACCUCAAGGGCAAGAAAAUUUUGUAUGUCGGUGGGGACAUGCAGUAUGCCAGCGUCCAGACGCGCGGUCGCAUGGACUAUAUCAUCAAACAUGGUGGCACUUUGGUGCCAUCAUACGAUCCUAGCACCGUGACUCACAUCGUGACAGAUGCGACAACUCGCCCGACACUGAAAGCCCUCGGGCUUAAAUCAUUGAAAGAGAUCCCUGACCAUAUCCCAACUGUUACUUGGAGUUGGGUGAUAUCCGGGUAUGGUCGUUCUGGCCACUACAAGGUCAAACGCGACGAGGAAGCACACACUAUUACGAAAGGCAAGGCUAAGGCUACAGAUGAUGAUGAAAGUCUUCUCGAUUAUGAGUUUUUACAUGCGGCAUUCCCUCAACGCAUCGAUGCCGGUAGAAGCUGGCAGAAGAGAGGACAGGGGAAAUUGGCUCAAGCAAAAGGUGAAGUGAGCGCCUCUACGAACGAUCUUGCUGGGGAUUUCAGUCGCAUUUCCUCCUUCACUGAAGAUGAAGAUCAUCAAAUCAAAAAUCAACAGGGCCCAGCGCCCAAGCUAGUCAUUCUUCCUCCUGCACCCCUGACCUUCGUUCCCACGGGAAAAGCUUCCAACACAGCCCAUCAUAAUAAUAACCAAAGCAACCACUUCCACAAGCCACAGUCUAACGCAGAAGAUCCUCUUGCAGAGUUUUACGAGAAGGCCAAGGCAGACCGAGAUCAAGAUAGAGGUCUUGGACAGAGCGAGUCAGACGAAAGCGAUGAUGAAGAAGAGUUUUUGAAACCAGCACAGGUUCCUCGGCGCGGUUUCACAUGCGACCGUAAGGAACCUCAGCAGCGCGAAUGCGCAAAUCAAGAUAUCAUUGAUAAGUUGGAAGAACUUAUGGAGUUACACAAGGCAAAAUUAGGCGAUGAAGAUCGUUGGCGAGUGUACAGCUACUCGAAAUGUAUUCGUGCCUUGCGCAAUUAUCCCAAGAAAAUCAAAUCAUUCAAUGAGGCUCGGUCAAUUAACGGCGUCGGUGAGAAGACCGCCCGGAAGGUGUACGCAUCGGCUACGAAAAAAACGGAUGAUGUCGAAGCCAUUAAUUUAUUUCAGGGAAUAUAUGGAGUCGGCCGACAAAUAGCUUCUAUGUGGUACAAUAACGGAUGUCGGACUCUCGAUGAUGUCCGAGUUCGGAAGGGUGCUAUCAAGUUAUCUCACGUGCAGGAAAUCGGUUUACGAUUCUAUGAUGAUAUCAAUGAUAGAAUGCCACGCAGUGAAGCAGAGAAGAUCUUCAACUUGAUUAAACCCAUUGCUCUCGAGCUCGACGAGCACCUUUACAUUAAUAUCAUGGGUAGCUUCAGAAGGGGCAAAGUUACUUGUGGCGACAUUGAUGUCCUAGUGACUCGACCAACCUCAGAUGGGAUGACACAUGCAGGUCUUCUUCCGGAGCUGCUUGCUCGUCUGCACGCUGCGGGGAUCCUGACAGAGGAUUUGGCUUUGCCUGAUGAUUUUUCCGCCCUUGAAUUAUGUUAUCGUGGGUUGUGCAAACUUCCCGAACCGGAUUCAAAGCGUCGGCGCAUUGAUAUCUUAUGUGUUCCUUGGGAGAAUAGAGGAGCAGCUCUCCUUUACUACACGUUCAAUCGGGCCAUGCGAAUGAAGGCGAACGUCCUUGGGUAUUCUCUCAACCAACGCGGUCUGUAUGCAGGCGUGGUUCGAGAUCCCCGGGAUAGACGUGUCAAGGUUUCCGCAGGUAACAUUGUUGCAUCCGAGACGGAAGAGGAAAUAUUCAAGAUUCUAGGGGUACCAUGGCAAGAGCCUCAUGAACGUGUACGGGGUUGAGGUGGUGCAGUUGAGCUAAUGAACUUCAUUUGGAUCUGUUGUAAACAUAAGAUGUUAUUAAUCAUUCAAUGGUCGUGUUCAGGACAUGUUGAAUGCAUAACUGUACCAACAUGAGUGAGAAAUGAGGAGGAAUUUGACCGAAAUCGUGC